AUGAUCAUCUUAUGGAUUACAUUGUUUUUAAUUCACCAAGGAUAUACUUUAGUUCCAGUGAAAACUGUUCAGCUUGGUGAACCAGCGAUUGUAACAUGUGCUAUACCCAAAGAGCUCAGCAGUAGAGGAGUCCACUGGUACAAGCAGAGUUUUGGGGAAACUCUGAAGUUAAUAGUGACAGUAUUCAAAUCUACAGAACCUACUUUUGGUCCUGAAUUUACUAGUUUGAAAUUUGACAUAGGUGAUGAUUUUGCCAGCCUGACCAUUUUGAAAGCAGAUCAAGAUGAUGAGGGAAUCUAUCACUGUGCAAAUACAGAAAGGAUUGGAGUUAAAUGGAGUGGGACGUAUUUGUUGGUAAAAGGAAACACUCAGAGGACAUCAAACUAUACAGUUAGUCAGCUGCUGAUAGAAUCAAACCCAGUUCGUUCAGGAGACACUAUGACUCUUCAGUGUUCAGUCUUCUCUGAGUCUGACAAGACAUGUCCAGGAGGUCUCAGUAUUCUCUGGUUUAGAGCUGGAGCAAAUCAAGCUCAUCCCAACAUCAUCUACACUGACACAAACAACUAUAAUGUGUGUGAGAAAAAUUCUGACACUCAGGAUAGAUGUGUUUUUCAGUUCUCUAAAAAUGUCAGCUCCUCUGAUGCUGGGACCUACUACUGUGCUGUGGCCACAUGUGGGGAAAUAUUAUUUGGAAAUGGAAUUACACUGGAACUUGAAUCAACCGAGUCAGUAUUCAUUCAGAGCACGAUAUUAAUAGUUUGUUUGGCUAUUUCUGUCAUUGGAAAUGCGUUCCUCAUCUUCAACCAACAAACUGAAGAAGCUGAUGAUGAACUAAACUACGCUGCACUGAAUUUCUCUGAAAGAAAAACAAGAGGAAAACGGAAGAGAGAGGGUGCUGAAGAUACUGUCUACUCUCAAGUUAAACGCUGA